AUAUGAAAUGAGCCCAAACCCUUCUGUUCUUCUUCACUUGCGCACAAACGCCUCUCUCUCUCUCUCUCUCUCUCUCUCCAUCUCCUUCAGCGAUGAACCCCCACAGUAUGACGCCGGAGGCGGCGGCGCAAUUCGGCGAUGGAAUUCAUCUGGUGCUUUCUCGGUGGGCUGCACUGCGGAUGGCCAUCGAAAACGAGUGGGGCGGCCGCGACACUCUCCAGAAAUCGCAGCAGCUCCGCCACAAUCUCUUCAAUUUCCUAACUCAAUCAAAAGCUCAAGUAUAUAUUGAUGAUGUAGAGGAUAUACUUUUUGAAUUCAUGGACUCUCUCAAUACUGAGAUUGAGGAUGGCAGCGUUGAUGAGGUUUCAGAAAAGUUGAUGGUAAUGCGCGAAGAAUGUUUAGAAGGUAAAUUUGACUCGAUAAAGAAGCUGCGAGAAACAGAUGCUCCGAGUAUUUCUUAUACCAGACAGGCCAACAGCGAUGACGAGGAAGACAGUGAUGAAGAUGAUGCUGACAAUGCAACAAUGGAGAACAACUCGUCAGCGAUGGAAGUUGAUGCUCCACAUCCACAACCACAACGACAAUGCCAAUUGAGUCUCGGUCGAAAGGAUGCUGUGGCUGAUGAAACUAGUACGAAAGACGCUUCUGAAGUUGUAGACGGAUGGACUGUUGUUUCAUCGAGGCGUAGCAAAGGGAGGAAAAACUGAAGUGUGUAUUGCUUGCAUUGAGUCAGGCUUCGUAUAGGUAGGAAAAAUUAAGGAUCUAAAGAGAAGGUUUAAUCUUAUUUUGGAGGUAUUUUUCUUACAACAAUACUCCAGAUUCCUCUGAAUUUUGUUCAAGUGUUUGUUUGUACUUUAGAAGUAAGUAUUUAAUACCACUUCUUUACAUACUA